CAGGGCGGCUUUCAACACUUCCUCGACGUAGGGCGUGUACAUGGCCCUCCGAGUCACAGUGGCUCCAAGCAAGGUUGUUCUGCAGAACCUUCUGGUAUGUGUCAUCCUGUUCUACACAGUAUACUAUGCAUCUCUAUACAUGUUCUGCCUGAUACUCAAGGUAUAUGACUUGGACAUCCUGGCCCCAUUUGAUUUCAAAAUGAGUCCUUCAUGGCUGAACACAAAUUAUAAAGUUCUUUUGGUCUCGACAGAGCUUACCUACCUUGUUUGUGGAUUGCUUUUUGUUCUGGUUGUUGAAGAAUGGCUUUGGGAUUAUGCCAUUUCGGUGGCUUUUAUCCAUGUUGCUAUCACAUCGACUGUUAUGCUGGAAUUCCCAUUGACAUCACAUUGGUGGGCUGCUUUAGGUAUAGUUCUAGUCUCUGUUCUCUACUGCAAAUGA